AUGCCUCCUCAACAUGUGGAAAUUGCAGAGACAAUCGCAGCGCUUAAAAGAACUCUACGGCGCGAAAGAGAUGGUCCCACGGAUCAAGUCACCUCUGCGGCUACGAACAGAGGCCAUAAAUUAGCACGUGGUGCAAAUUAUAUUCACGCCGGCGCUCUGCCUUAUCCUCACGGGCCAGAAGGCCAUAAACAAAAAAUAGAACAUGCUGGCUACACGCGAUACAUCCUGCAGCGCAACCCGAGACGAUACAACGAGUAUGGUGACGAAUUGGAAGAUAGCGAAAGUGACGCCGAGGCAGAUGCGGACGCUGAAGACGAGAACGCUUAUGCCGGCAUCCGACUCGAAGAACUGCUAUGUCCCUUGAAACAUCCCUCUGAGCUUUCGGGUCACCCUACACUGUCUCUACCCUUUAUUGACCGUGCCCUCCCUGAUAUGAUCAAAUCUACCGAAGAGAAACUGCGUCAAGAGAGAGCCAACCUCUGGCGGGCCAAAAAUCUGAACCGACAGUUCAUGGGGGAUGAGCCGUGGAUACCCUGUGAGAGUACUGAAGGUACAGACGAUUGGGAUCUAUUUGAGCCCAAACCCAAACUGCCCACACCGCAAGCGGGAAAGAAGAGGAAGCGCGGCUUCAAGAACGAGACCUCCCAGAACGGCAUAAAUAGGCACAACCACGCGAACGGGGGGAGGGACCAGAGUGCAGCCAAUCCUGAGGCUGGUGUGCCAGAGAAUAGCUCGACCGCAAAUGACGGGCAUCACCCUAUAAUGACUAGCAAGUCCCGCAUGCAUGCUGAGAUCGCGGCCGAGCACCCUGCCAAAGAAGAAGCCGGUGAAUCCGAUCGUCCAACAAUGAAUGGAAUUCAUAAAAAAGACGGCGAACCAGCUUCCAAAAACAAGAUGGCUGGGGAUGAUCCAGAGGAAGCACGAGGGGCGUCGAUCACCUUACCCGUAGACGGCCAAGAAGAAGAAGGAGAAGGAGAAGAAGAACAACGACAACAACAGGAGCCACAACAGGAGCAGGAGGGUGAAGCAGCAUCCGAAGACGAUAGUCGUCCAAAACCCACGCGACGAAUUACUCGAGCCCUGGCCGCCGAGCACAACAGCUCCAGCGCCCCGACUCCUCCUCUCUCCCCCGACUCGACAGUUUCAUCCAUUGACUCCUACCUCCUUCAGCCUGACCCGUUAUUCCUCCUUCCUCCAGUUCUAGCAGCCAACCACAGGCCCCCACGAAGUCUAGCCCGCCUCGGCCUUCCCGUCGACGAACUAAUUGAGACCCGCCGCCUUCUAAUGAUGUAUAUCCAGAAACAAGAAGAAAGCGUGCGUGGUUACGAGGCCGUGUUGGGAAAACUCAUCAAGGCGAAAAGGAUGCGGGACAAAGUGUGGAACUGGUGCAGAACCGAGGGGCAUGUGGGCGAGUGGUCCGACGGAGAGGACUGGAUUGAUGCCGAGGCCUGGGGAUUGCAGCCAGACGAAUUGAGAAAAGGGAAGGAUGAAGAAGUAGACGAAGCGCAGGAGGAUACAGGGCGAAAGGGCAAGAGGAGACGGCGAGAUUAG